AUGCCGGAGGACGAGCGCCAUCGGGACAGCUGCAGACCAUCCGCUGCAGACUCACACCGCUCAGAUAAUUCUAGAGAAGAGUUACAGUUGCCUCAGGAUACAAAUCAAACAGAAAUGGACACUGUUGAAGAUCUGAGAAGAAAACUCCAUAGUCUGGAGAAAAGAAAUUUGGAAUUAAGCAAUCAACUCAAUCAAGAAAUGUCUCGCUAUGAAAAAGAAAUAACAAAAUUAAGGUUGGAACUUGAGAGAGGAGAAGCUCUUCGUCAACAUAUGGAGAGUGAAAUGUCAUUUGCUAGAAAAGAGGCUCACAUACAGAUGUAUUCUAUAGAGGAAGAACUGUGUGAUGUCAAAAGCAAGGUUUUGGAACUGCAAGUACUCAAUCACAAAUAUCAGCAGAAAGCAGCAGAAACUGAGAGAAUGCUUCAAAGUGCUCAGUGGCAGUUGGAAGAGGAGCGACGAAGAUUUGCAGUGGAGAGGUAUAACAUCCACAAAGUACACCUUGCUGAACUGGAAUUCCUUUUUAGAGAAAAAGCUGAAGCAGAAAUGGCUUGUCAGAAAACUAAUGCUGCCUUGCAAAGCAUUGCCAGGCAGCUUAAUGAUGUGGAGGCAGAGCACCAUGGCUGCAGCAAGAUGCUGAGUCUCCAGGCCAACCGUCUGGAUUUCAAGGAUAAAUGGCAGGAGAGGCUCAUCAAAGAGUUGAGAAUUCAAGAACUUGAUGAUGUUUUGAAUGAAGAGCAACACGGGACAAGAGAAGGUUUUUCAGGACUAGCAAGGAAUGAUUUCAGAGAGCCAGAAAAUGUGCAUGAGAGAGGAAAAAAAGGUUCACGAAGACAGCGUUUAUCCUCACGUGUGCGAUGGAGUGACCAGGUUGAGGAAAGGAAGGAAACUGAAGAAUCCUCUGGGACAUUAGUGAAUCCUCCAGCCAGCUUCAGCCUGCAUGAAGGCUCAAUAAGGGAGCUGUCCAUCCUCCUGAACUUAUACCAGAGCAUGGCAAACGCCCAUGUGCUCGCCAAACAGACAAAUGUUCCCCUGGAAGAGUUACCUUGGACAGAGCUUUGUGCACUCUUGCAUGAGAACGUUCAAGCCCUGAUCUUGAACUUCCACAAGGCUAAUGAGAGGAUAUCUCAUCUAGAAUAUAUUUGCAAGCACAAGACUGACACUAUGAAUGACCUUCAGCACAACCAGGAGGAUGCUUUUGAGAAAAUGUCUGAACAGUUAAAAGCACAGAAACAUUGCUGGCAGAAAGAAAAGAAAUAUCUCGAACAGUACUACUCAAAUAUCCUUGCAGAAGUUCAUGCACGAGCACAGGAAUGUGAAGAAACGGCACAGAAAAACAAGCAAAAACUCUAUGGCCUUGAACAAACCUGCAAGCAACUGGCCCAGGAAAACAAUUCCAUGAAAAAUUCAUUAUUAGAUGCUUUCAAGGCACGCUCAUCCCUGCUGGCAGCCUGUGCACUACUCUCAGGGGCCCUGUGUUCUCUCUACGGCCGACUGUGCGCUGCGUCUUGCCAGAGAGACGUUCUCCAGGAACAGGUGAACCAGCACCAAUUAUUGAACCAGAAGAUCAUCAGCCUCCUUUAUGCUUUCCCUACUAUUGUGGAAAGCAACCAAGACGAAGGCAGGCUGAGGCAGAGAAGAGCCAAGCACCUGGUUUAUGUGUUCCGAAGAGCUGUGAUUGCAGUUCUGGCCGCUAACAGGCUGAAGGCUCUGGGCCGAUGUUCUUGUACCUUUUUCGUCUGGACGGAUGGAUGCAGAGGAAGCACUGGAAUUCAAGUUUGUGUGGGAGAAUCCAGAGGCAGGCACCAUGUGCCACGUUAUGAAGAGAAAGGAGUUGACUGUAUUGAAGCAGUUGGGUGGUUGACUAGCUCUAACCUCUAUACUGCAAUAAUCAGUUCCAUCUCUGAACUGGAAGGUGUUCUCAGCAAUCAAGAUGCACACCUCUGGCUUUCUAGUCACUUGCUGAUCGGUGCAGCCAGGAGCUGCUUUGCAAAACUGAUGGACAGCCUGAGCGUACUGAUGCAGACAGCUGAAGAGAAUCUUCACGGGUGCAGAGCUUGCCUAGAGAGGGACUCCCUGAUACAGAGGCUGGCUCACGGGCUCCGCAGAGUAAAUGCCCAGGCCCUGGAAGCUGGAUUGUAUGACAGACUGCCCAGCACAAGAAACAUAGCAAUCUUGCAUCAAGAAAUAUUUGAAUUUUCACGAAGGCUUCAUGCAGCAGAGGUAGAGUCCCACUCACUGCACCUGCAGCUUGCAGAAUGCAAAGGGGCUUUCAAUGAGAUGCAAAAAGAUGCUGAAAAAGCCCAGAGACUGCAGAACCAAUUAAAUGAACUUCAGCAUAAAAUCAACACAGACAAUAUACACAAGGAGUUAGAUAAUGCUUUGCAGCAUGAGCACGAGGCAAGAUUGCUUUCACAAGAACACCAGAGACAGCUUCAGGAGCUGAGUAGCACUCCAGAAUCACACUCAUUUGCCGACACAGACAGAAGCCAAGUCUCCAAUGUAUCUCUGAUGAGCCUCCCUGAGGAGCUGAGGAGAAGAGACCAAGUUCUGGAUCACCAGAAGAGACUCCUGAAAGACAUGGAGCAAGACCAGCAGCAGCUGUGGAAAACUCUCAAGGAGGCAGAACUUGCCCUCAAACAGGAAGUAAAGUGA